ACACACUGUGGAUUUUCUACUUUGGCAUAUCCAGGACCACUAAAGUCUUGGAAUGACCACUCAAGUCUCGAGAUCUUGAACCUCUGGAUUUGACCUAAAAUGAAUUCUGAUUUUGUGGUGUUGGGAAACAGUUUCUCCAUAACAUUGUGGUGUCUUUAAGACUCUUGACUUGGAAAGGAACCACAUGGGAAAAACAAAUCUUUGAGCAGUCCAAGCAAGGGCCUCCUGACCUAGCAGCCAAGACUGACCCUGCCCUCCUGCCAUGUACCCCAACCCUCUCAUCUACUGCACCUGCCAGGACCCCUGGAACUCGGGAACGCGGAAGCUAAUCAAGACCCCUCAACCACCAAGCAAGCCCUCCCCAGGGAAGCCCAAGCUAACUCCUCUUCCUCCAGCUUCAAAAAGACAAAAUUAUGUCCAACCAACAACAAAACCUGUUGUCACCCCAAAAGUGAAAAUCCACUUAGGAAAACAAGAGGAGAGCAAUAAAUUACCUUAUGAAGUGAUCAACGUGUCACCUGGCUAUCGCCUCAUUCGGAAUAGGGAGCAGAUUUCUGUCACCUUGGGAGAUGAGAUGUUUAAUAGGAAAAAGCAGUCAGAAUCUGAGAUCACGGACAAAGGCAAAAUUUCCAGGACUGAUAUCAUCACUGACCUAGGAGAGCAGAUCUCAGAGCUGACAGUGAUAAUAGAGCAAAUGAACAGAGACCACCAGUCUGCCCAAAAAUUGCUCUCCCGUGAAAUGGAUGUCCGCUGCGCUGAGAUGCAGCAGAGCUUUGAAGACAAGACCAGGAAGCUCAGAGAGGCCCACACAGCAGAGCUCAGCGAGUUGGAGAGCAACUACCAAGCAGCCUUGAAGGCAGAGAGGUUGGCUGCCCAGGAGAAACUAGAGGAGAUGGGAAAGGAAUAUAAGUAUUUGAAGAAUAUGUUUUAUAUGUAUCAGGACAGCAUUCAUGAUGAGCUGGAGGAUAAGUGGUCAGAGAAGAAGGCAGAAUGGGAGAAGGAUGAGAAGCUGGAGCGGGAAAAGAUCCUGCUACAGCAAAAGCAUAAGAUGACAAAGAAGUUUGAAUUAGAGUCAGAGGAAGAAAGGAAGAAAAUAAAGGACUCCCACAGUGCUGUCUUUGAGAACUUCAAUCGCGAGAAGGAGGAGCUCUUGAAACAACAUGAAAGGGACACCUUGCAAUUAGAGGAGCUGAGAAAGACCAAAGAGGUCAUAGAGGAAGAGUUGCACGCACAAGCUCUUAUCCUAGAAUCACUUAACAUAACCCUCUACCAAACCCAGAUGGAACUCCAGAAAGAGAAAGCUGUGGUGGGAAAUCUAGAGCAAACACUCCAGGCCAAGCUUGCUGAAGCUGAAGAAAAGUUUAAAUACACCAUACAGCUCCUGACAGAAGAAAACAUUCAUCUAAGGCAAAAGAUAAUUGCCAAGAAUGAAGAAAUUUAUGAACGACAUAGGAGAUCACCUUCUAUUACCAUUUAUGAGGGUUCUGACACUUUAGAAGAUGGCACCAACAAAAGACAAGAAUUAUGA